AUGGUAUCACCGUUGAGGAUAUGUUUAGUAGUUUUAAGUAUAGCAACAGCUUUUACUGAAGCGUACAAUAUUUUAGUGGUGUCAUCUUUCCCAAGCAAAAGCCACGCCAUUUUAGGUGAUGCUUAUGUCAAUCUUUUGCUUGAUGCUGGUCAUGAGGUAACAUACAUAAAUGCUAACCCAAGUAAUAACUCUAAUCCAUUGCUUCAUGAAAUUGAUGUCAGUGAAAUUAAAAAGUAUUUAAAAUCUGAUUUAAUGAACCUAGAAAGAAUAUUGAACAAAGAAUUUGAUGCCAAAGAUCAGAAUGAAUUUGUUGAAGCCCUUUUAAGUAUAUCUAAGGCAACGUUAGAGAAUGUAGAUGUAGCGAAAAUUAUAUCUAACACAAACUUAAAAUUUGACUUGAUUAUUGCUGAAUGGAUGUUCACCGAAGUAUACGCGGGAUUCUCAGCAAUAUUCGAUUGCCCGUUUAUUUGGUUUACAACGAUGGAACCAUUUUGGACAACGUUUUAUUUAAUAGAUGAAGCUUCAAACCCAACUUACACGACUUUCCCGAUGUCAAAUAAUAUUGCCCCGUUCACAUUUAAAGAACGUGUGCAGGAAUUGAUACUGCAAGUAGCAUUCUAUUUUACAAAGGAAUGGAAUAUGUACUUCGUGGAUAAAGAGCUGUACACAAAAACCUUCGCACCAGCAAUGGCUCAAAGAGGAAAAGCACUACCGCCUUACGAUGAAAUUAGAUUUAACGCUUCUAUGAUCUUGGGCAACUCUCACGUGUCAUUAGGUGAUGCGAAUAGAUUGCCGCAAAAUUAUAAACCAAUUGCCGGUUACCAUAUUAAUCAAAACGUGAAGCCAUUAACGAAGGAAUUAAAAAAUAUUAUGGAUAACUCGAAAAAUGGCGUCAUUUACUUUAGUUUGGGUUCAAAUGUGAGGAGUAAGGACCUGCCUGAUAUAAUCAAGAGAAAACUCAUUAACAUAUUUAGUCAGUUGGAACAAACCGUCUUAUGGAAAUUCGAAGAAGACUUUCCUGAUUUACCAAAAAAUAUUCAUGUACUCAAAUGGGCACCACAACAAAGCAUUCUUGCUCACCCAAAUUGCAUCAUGUUUAUAACUCACGGUGGUCUACUGUCAAUAACUGAAGCCGUACAUUUUGGAGUUCCUAUUAUUGGAAUACCAGUGUUCGCAGAUCAGCAUAUUAAUGUACAAAAAGCAGUUAAAAAAGGAUUUGCCAAGCAAGUGGACCUAUCUUUUUCUAUAGUAGAAGACAUAGAAGAUGCUAUUCAAGAAAUGCUACAUAACUCGAGUUAUCGCAACAAAGCGAAGGAGUUCUCGUUCAUCUAUCAUCAUCGUCCCAUAUCACCGGGCGCAGAAUUUGUUCAUUGGGUAGAACAUGUAGUGCGUACAAAAGGCGCUGCACAUUUACGUUCGCCUGCGUUUACUGUAACUUGGUACCAAAAGCUGUACUUGGAUCUGAUAGCUGUAAUAGCAAUAACAAUAGUACUGACAUUUGUAUGCAUGAAAUUAAUAGUACGAAUAUGUUCGCGAAAUAAUGAGUCUCAUAUGAAGAAAAUGAACUAG